UAGAGUCUCUCCUCCAUGGAGGUUUUCUCUUACUAGACUUCUCCAAGAUAUUACCAAAUCUAGGCAGAUUUGGACGAUUUUCCCUGUGUGUAUACAACUGUACAAACCCAUUCUUGUACAUAAAUAUGAAUACGAAAACCUGAAAAGUGGAAAGUGGGACCCGCGCAGAUGCCCAAUAAAAGCAAAGUCCGAGCUUAAUGUGGCAAGAAGAGAGAGAAAGCGGAGAGAGAGUCAUGCACUGCAUACAAGAGUAGACCAUGCAAAAGCUUGCCGUUUCAGUGCCAUUUGUGGGAUUAUAAAUACUCCCUCUUCCCCAACGCCACUCUGUCUUCCUUCUCUCUCAUCUCCUUAUUUGGAAACCCUUUUCUCCCCUUUUUCUGAGUUGCUUUUGUUUCCGGUGGUGCUGAUUGCGGAUUUCGGGUGCGAUUAAAUGGGUCGGGGCAAGAUUGAGAUAAAGAAGAUCGAGAAUGUCAAUAGCAGACAGGUUACCUUCUCCAAGAGGCGAGCGGGAUUGUUCAAGAAGGCUAAUGAACUCGCCGUUUUGUGUGAGGCUGAAGUUGCUGUUAUUAUUUUUUCCAACACUGGAAAACUAUUUGAAUUCGCUAAUUCAAGCAUGAAAAAAAUACUGUCAAGAUACAAGAAAUGUGUGGAAACUACGAAGAGUUCUGCAGCGGAACUCGAGCCCGAGAAGCCACCGCAGCCCAAGGAGGCGGAUAUCCUCAAAGAGGAGAUAGAAAAGCUUAAACUAAAGCAGCUGCGACUGAUGGGUAAAGACCUAACGGGCAUGAGCUCGCAAGAAUUGCAUCUACUUGAACGGCAACUAAGUGAGGGGUUGAUGUGCAUAAAGGAGAGGAAGGAGCAAUUAUUAUUGCAAGAGCUGGCACAGUGUAGAAUGCAGGAGCAACGGGCUGUGCUGGAAAAUGAGACAUUACGUAGACAGGUUGAAGAGCUUCGAGGUUUUUUCCCACCAACCAGCUCUCCAACGCCACCACUCUGUAUCGAGUACCAUUCAUCCGUGAUAAAGAGCGACCCCGCUAUGAAGGAAGGUUCCAGAAGUCCUGAAACAGCAUGCAACGGUGGGCUUGCAGAAGAAGAUUCAGACACCACCCUGCAGUUGGGGCUUCCAUACGGGAACAGUAGCCGGAAACGAAAGGUGAUUGAUGGGGAAACUCAAUCGAGCACCUCGGAGACUCAGUUUCGCCUCCACGGAUGAUCCUUUGAACACAAGAGUUUUAAGACUUUGUUGAGGCUUACUUUUCCCUUUUUCUCCACCUUGUAUAUUUUGUUAGUAACUGAGAAAUAUGGUUGAUUUUCUGUUUUCAUUUCCCCAUGGAAGAUGGCUGAGGGGGCUGUUUCACUUCUCUGGCCUCGAGUUGCGUGUCGCCUUCAUGCACUGGUGCAGUGAAACACAGAGAUAGCAGAUAUGCAGUGUUUUACCAUUAUUUA